AUGCCGCUUUUUUUCCUUAAUGCUCUAAUCGUUAUUAAUCCAGAUAUUGGACGGCUGACAGACGAAGCUUCAGACAUCCUUUCCAGCUACCCUCUCCAGCCAUCCUCUCCAUCAAUCAUUUCCAGCGAUCUUCUCCAUCAAUCCUCUCCAGCCAUCCUCUCCAGCCAUCCCCUCCAUCAAUCAUCUCCAGCCAUCCUCUCUAGGUAUCAUCUCGAGCAAUCCUCUCCAGCUAUCCUCUCCAGCCAUCAUCUCCAGCUAUCCUCUCCAUCUAUUCUCUCCAGCCAUCCUCUCCAGCAAUCUUCUCCAGCCAUCCUCUCCAGCUAUCCACUCCGGCCAUCUUCCCCUGCCAUCCUUUCAUUCAAUCAUCUCCAGUCAUGCUCUCCAGCUAUCCUCUCCAGCCAUCCUCUCCAGCUAUCUUCUCCAGCCAUCUUCUUCAGCUAUUCUCGCCAUCAAUCCUCCCCAGCCAUAUUCUCCUGCUAUCCACUUCAGCCAUCAUCUCCAGCUAUCCUCUCCAUCAAUGCUAUCGAGCCAUCCUCUCCAGCCAUCCUCAUCAGCAAACUUCUCAAGCCAUCCUCUCCAGCUAUUCUCUCCAGGCAUACUCUCGAUCAAUCCUCUUCAGACAUCAUCUCCAGCCAUCCUCUACAACAAUCCUCUCCAGCCAGCCUCUCCAGCUAUCCUCUCAAGGCAUCCUCUCCAUCAUUCCACUCCAACCAUACUCUCCAUCAAACUUCUCCAGCCAUCCAUUUUAUCAAUCCCUCUCCAGCUAUCCUCUCCAUCAAUCCUCUCCAGCCUUCCUUUCUAUCCAUCAACUCCAGCAAUCAUUUCCAACCAUCCUCUCCGACUAUGCUCUCCAGCUAUCCUCAGCAUCCAUCCUCUCAAUCAAACCUCUUCAGCCAGCCUCUCCAGCUAUCCUCAGCAUCCAUCCUCUCCAUCAAACCUCUCCAGCCAUCCUCUCCAACAAUCCUCUCCAGUGAUCCUCCCGCUAUCGUCACCAUCCAUCCUCUCCAGCCAUCCUCUCCAGCCUACCUCUCCAUCCAUCUGCUCCAGCCAUCAUCUCCAGCUACCCACUCCAACCAUCCACUCCAUCAAACCUGUCCUGCCAUCCUCAACAGCCUUCCUCUCCAGCAAUCCUCUCCAACCACCCUCUACAUUAGUCCUCUCCAUCCAUCAUCUCCAGCUAUUCUCUUCAGGCAUCCUCUCGAUCAAUACUCUUCACACAUCAUCUGCAGCCAUCCUCAACAUCAAUCCUCCCCAGCCAUCCUAUCCAGUCAUCCGCUCCAGAAAUCCUCUCCAGCCAUCAUCUCCUGCCAUCCUUUCCAUCAAUCCCUCUCCAGCCAUCCUCUCCAUCAAUCCUCUCCAGCCAUAUUCUCCACCUUCUUUUCCAGCCAUCAUCUCCAGCUAAACUAUCCAGCCAUCCUCUACAUCAAUCAUCUCAAUGAAUCAUGUACAACCAUCCUCUCCAGCCAUAAUAUCCAGCCAUCCACUUCAGCUAUCCUCUCCAGCCAUCCUCUCCGGCCUACCGCUCCAGCCAUCUGCUCCAGCCAUCAUCUCCAGCUAUUCUCUCCAGCCAUCCACUACAUCAAUCCUCUCCAGCCAUCGUCUCCCUCAAUCAUCACCAGCCUUCCUCUCCAGCCAUCCUCAACAGCCUUCCUAUCCAGCAAUCACUCCAAGUAUCCUCUCCAGACAUCCUCUCCUCUAUUCUCUCCAGCUAUUCUCUCCAGGCAUCCUCUAGAUCAAUCUCGUCAUCUUCAGACAUCAUCUCCAGCCAUCAUCUCCAUCAAUCGUCUCCAGCUAUCCUCUCGAGCCAUCCCCUCCAUCAAUUCUCUCCAGCCAUCCUCUCCAUCCAUCCGCUCCAGGUAUCCUCUCCAGCCAUCCUUUCCAUCAAUCCCUCUACAGCCAUCCACUCCAGCCAUCAUCUCCAGCUAUCCUCUCCAGUCAUCAUCUCCAGCUAUCGGUUCCAGCUAUCUUCUCCAGCCAUCCUCAACAGGCUUCCUUUUCAGCCAACAUCUCCAGCCAUUAUCUCCAGCCAUCCACUUCAGAUAUCCUCUCCAGCCAUCCUCUCCAGUCAAUAUAUCCAGCUAUCCUCUCCAGCCAUCCUCUCCAGCAUUACUUUCCAGCCAUCAUCUCCAGGCAUCCUCUCCAGCCAUCCACUUCAGAUAUUCUCUCCAGCCAUCCUCUCCAGUCAACAUAUACAGCUAUCCUCUCCAGCUAUCCUUUCCAGCCAUCCUCUCCACCAUCCUCUCCAGCUAUCCUCUCCAGCCAUCCACUAGAUCAAUCCUCUCCAGCCAUCCUCUCCAGCAAUCUUCUCCAGCCAUCCUCUCCAGCUAUACACUCCGGCCAUAUUCUCCAGCCAUCCUCUCAUUCAAUCAUCUCGUCAUGCUCUCCAGCUAUCCUUUCCAGCCAUCAUCUCCAGCUAUCCUCUCCAUCAAUCCUAUCGAGCCAUCCUCUCCAGCCAUCCUCUCCAGCUACCCUCUCCAUCAAUCCUAUCGAGCCAUCCUCUCCAGCCAUCAUCUCAAACUAUCCUAUCCAGCCAUCCUCCCCAUCAAUCAUCUCCAGCCAUCCUUUCCAUCAAUCCCUCUCCAGCCAGCCUCUCCAGCCAUCCUCUCCACCAACCUCUCCAUCCAUCCUCUCCAUUAUUUGCGCCAGCCAUCCUCUCCAGCUAUCCUCUCCAGCCAUCCUCCCCAGCAAUCUUCUCUAGUCAGCAAUCUUCUGCCUUCCCCUCCAGCCGUCUGGUACAGCCAUCAUCUCCAGCUAUCCUCUCCAGCCAUCCUCUCCAUCAAUCAACUCCAGCCAUCUUCUCCAGCCAUCUUCUCCAGGUAUCACCAGCUGUCCUCUGGAGACAUCAUCUCCAGCCAUCCUCUCCAUGAAUCAUCUCCAGCCAUCCUCUCCAGACAUCAUCUCCAGCAAGCUUCUCCAGCCAUCCCCACCAGCUAUCCUCUCAAGCCAUCCUCUCCAUCAAUCCUCUCCAGCCAUCCAGACAGCCUCCAGCCAUCCUUUCCAUCAAUCCCUCUCCAGCUAUCCUCUCCGGGUACCCUCUCCAUCAAUCCACUGAACCCUUCCUCUCCAGCCAUCCUCACCAGCUAUCCUCUCCAGCUAUCCUCAACAUCCAUCCUCUCCAUCUAUCCAUCCUCUCCAGCUAUCCACUCCAGGCAUCCUCUCCAGCCAUCCUCCCGAGUCAUCCUCUCCAUGAAUCAUCUCCCGCCAUCCUCUCAUGCCAUCCUCUCUAUUUAUCCUCUCCACAUUCUCUGUCGCUAUCCUCUCCAGCUAUUCUCUCCAGCCAUCCUCUCCAGCCUUUCGUUCCAGCCAUCCUAUCUAGCUAUCCUCUCCUGCCAUCCUCUCCAUCAAUCAUCUCUAGCCUUCCUCUGCAGCCGUCCUCUCCAGCCACCAUCUCUAUCCUCUCCAGCCAUCCUCUCUAGCCAUCCUCGCGAGCCAUCCUCUCCAGCAAUCCUCUCCAUCCUCUCUAGCUAUCCUCUCCAUCAAUCAUCUCCAGCCAUCCUGUCCAGCCAUCCACUUCAAUGCAUCUUCUUCAGCUAUCCGCUCCAGCCAUUCUCUCUCGCCAUCUUCUCUAGCUCUCCUCUCCAGCCCUCCUUUCAAUCAAUCCUCUCCAGCCAUCCUCUCCAGUUAUCCUCCAGCCAUCUUCUCCAGGCAUCAUCUCCGGCUAUCCUCUCCAGCUAUCCUCAACACCCAUCCUCUCCAGCCAUCCUCUCCAGCUAUCCGCUCCAGCCAACGUCUCCAUUAAUCCUCUCCAGACAUCCUCUCCAUCAAUGCCCUCCAGCCAUCCUCCAUCAUCUCCAGCCAUCUUUUCCAUCAAUCCCUCUCCAGCCAUCCUCUCCAGCCAUCCUCUCCAUCUAUCCUCUCCAGCCAUCCUUUCCAGCUAUCCUCUCCAUCAAUCAUCUCCAGCCAUUCUGUCCAGCCAUCCACUCCAGCUAUCUUCUCCAGCCAUCAUCUCCAGCCAUCUUUUCCAUCAAUCCCUCCCCAGCCAUCCUCUCUAGCCGUCCUCUCCAGCUAUCCGCUGCCGCCAUCCUUUCCAGCUAUCCUCCAGCUAUCCUCUCCAGCAAUCCUCUCUCGCUAUCCUCUCCAGCCAUCCUCUCUAAGCAUACUCUCCAGCCUUCCUCUGUAGCUAUCUUACCCAGCUAUUCUCCCCAGCCAUCCUCCAACCAUCCUCUCCAGCCAUCCUCUUCAGCUAUCCUCUCCAGUCAUCCUCUAGCCAUCGCCUACAGCUAUCCGUUCCAACCAUCAUCUCCAGCUAUCCUCGCUAGCCAUCCUCUCCAUCAAUUUUCUAAGCCCUCCUCUCCAUCAAUCAUCUCCAGCCAUCCUCUCCAGCUAUUCCUCCAGCCAUCCUCUCCAGUCUUCCCCAUCUCUUCAUCAAUCCGCUUCUGCCAUCCUCUCCAUGAAUCAUCUCCAGCCUUCCUCUCCAGCCAUCCUCUCCAAUCUCCCACUCCAGCCAUCCUCUCCAUCUAUCCUCUCCAGCCAACCUCUCCAGCUAUCCUCUCCAUGAAUGAUCUCCAGCGAUCCUCUCCAGCCAGAUCUCUCCAGGCAUCCUCUUCAGCUAUCAUCUCCAGGCAUCCUCUCUAUCCUCUACAGCCAUCCUCUCAAUCAAUCCUCUCCAGCCAUCCUUUCCAGCUAUCCUCUCCAGCCAUCCUCUCCAUCAAUCCUCUUCAGACAUCAUCUUCAGCCAUCCUCUCCAUCAAUGCUCUCCACUCAUCCUCACCAGAUAACCUCUCCAGCCACCCUAUCCAUCAAACCUCUCCAACCAUCCUCUCCAGCCAUCCUUUCCAUCAAUCCCUCUCCAGCGAAUCUCUCCAGGCAUCCUCUUCAGCUAUCCUCUCCAGCUAUCCUCUCCAGCCAUCCUCUCUAGCCUUUCUUUCCAGCUACCCUCUCCAGCUACCCUCUCCAGCCAUCCUCUAA